AUCUACUGUUGAUGCGAGAGGUGAAUAGGCAGUCAAGACAUUUGCCGAGGUGGGUCUUCAGGUGAGAAUGAAGACCCAUUCGGUGAUCUGUAUGCCUGACCAGCACAAGAGUUUUUAAAGUGAUAAAGGUGUGCAGACCAUUCUCCGCCCUCUCGCCUACCGAUGCUUGAUGUCCAAGAGGUGCACAAACUACCACAUGUAAUACGGCCCCGGCAGAUGCAGCUUUGUUGUUUGGAGUAUCCGUCUCCUUCGAAGACUUCUGGCCAAGGUUGUUCAGCACUUCCUGCUCUGCGAGAUGACACCCAAUGACUCACCUCAGUCAGCACCCUUUCAUUCCAGCUGGCGUGCACACCUGACCUGGCACGCUCAUAAAAAAAAAGAUAACAGGAAGAAUUGCUUUCAUGAGUGGCAUGACGCUGACGUCAUUUGGGAAUGUGGACUCCAUUGUGCGAAAUAACUGAACCGAGGAAACACUUUGGGAGACAUCAGAUUUGCAGAAAAUGCUGCGUUGUCUGUGCGGUUGCUGCCUUUCCAAGGAAAACGAGAGGCAGCCUCUCCUGCAGCCCCGCCCACCUCAGCCAAACGGAGCCGAAUCUGCCAGGAAAACAAGAGCCGCAACCUCUGAGCCACAGGCCACCAAGCAGACAGGCAGACUGGUAAUGAGGCGGGUCUGCGUGCCAGACCUGGAUCUGAGGUUUUCUGAUUUGGCCGAGACCUUCAACGAGCUGCAAGGACGCUACGAGUCCAUGAUCGGACACAUCGGAAACCUGCAGAAGAAUUGCGGUUGCACUUUGAAUGACGUGAACAUUUCCCACUGCGUGGGGAAGAUAUGUGAAGAACACAGGGACAAAUACACCGUCUCCUUGACGAUGAAGGGCUACGACUUUUACCUUUCUGCGGCGUCCCGAGGGGGAAAUAACGAGCUCUCCGUGUGUCGUGCCGUGCGAUUAGCUCAAGAGGAGGUGAAGUGCCUCUCCGAGAACACCAAGGCCGCCAUAUCCAAGGGUACGACUCUUCAGGAGCUGAUUGGCUGGCUGCUCCGCAGCAAGGUACAGAUGGCCGAGCAGGUGAAGAAGGUGGCGGGGACUUACCAGGAGCGAGGAAGACUCAUUGAGAAUCUGGAGGAGAACAUGAAGGAAGUGAGUAGGGCGAAGGAGUUGUUGUUGAAAUACAGACAUGAUGCUGGGGAGGUCCUCUCCCAGGCAGCUCACAUUGCAGGCGCUCCAUUGUAACUCCUCAAGCACUUAUUAGUAAGGUACAAAAAAUGCUUUUAUUUACUUUAAAUACGUCAAAAACAUUGAUUUGCAGGAUUGCAUCAUGUUUGUUAAAUAAAUCAUUUCCAACUCAA